AUGAAUAGUGAUGUUUUAAGCGAAGUAAGUGAUGUCAAAAGUGAGCCUCCCGAAUAUGCAUCCUCGGACACUUCUGCUGUUAUCGACCAAUCAGGGAAUGCGGAAACCAAAGUUCCCGAAGGCACAUACUUGAGCGAAUGUGCUGGUGGUGGUCACCUAUUAACUGACAGUGAUCUCGGAAUUGGUUUUUCCUUUGAAUCUUACUUAAAUUCCUAUGCUGAUGUCUAUCAACAAGGUAACUGGGAUUACAAAAAUAAAGUCUCCGAUAAUUCUUCUUGGGAUUUCUGUGAUGUAACGGACCAUCCAUUUGAAUUAGAUAUAAACGAAGUGAGCUUUGAAGCGAUGCAGCAGCAGACCAGUAGAAAUUCUGAUUCAGGCACUCCUAACGUAUGUGAGUAUACUUGCUCCAAUACGAGACAUCUCCAGAGCCUUUAUGAGGGUUAUGGUGGGGAUUUUAACGCUUUUCUGGAAAGUGGGAUAGAAUUGGUAUCCAAGAUUGCAAAGGAAACCGUACUUCCUCCAUUCUUUUCCAGUCCGCUCUAUCGUUCAUUUGUCCUCGAUCCUCUCAUGCCUGCAGCUUCGAUCGUCGGCUUUCCACUGCCUUCACAGUCGACAAACCCAGAUUCGUUGGAAGAGGUGAGUGAUACUUAA